UCUUAAAAUAAAAUCCUCUUAAUCCUAAACACAGGACAACAUUCAGUGAAAGGAUUGCUUGGAAUCUGGUGCAUAGAUGUUAUUAUUUAGAAACUUUUAAAACUAUACUGUGUUCUGUUAAUCACAGAAAAAAUAUUUAACACGUUUUAUUUUCUAUAUUUGAAGAAUAAUUGGAAAGAAAAAGAAAAAAAUAGGGAAAUGAUUGUUGGAGAAAGCUUAAUUCGGAGUACCUAAUAAAAUAUGUGAACGAGCUCCACCCAGUGGACUUCUGUGGUAAUUACCAGAAACUUCCUGAAGCCUCUGGAGCGCCGCCUGCUAGAAUAUAAAGCUGAGACAGUUCCACUGACUGACAGAAAGAAACACAAGCAACACAGGAGAGAAGAGAAACCUGAAAAGAAGUUAAUCUCAAAACAAGAACACUCAAAGCAAACAGGAGAAAAUGCUGUGCUCUCAUGGAUUACCAUCUGCCCUCAGUCCUUUCAUGGACUUCUCCUGGCCUGUACGCAGCCUAUGGCCAGAGGUCAGACCUCUGCUCUACCAGCAGGAUCUCCUUCAACCAAACCUCCAGGAUCUAUGCAACAGUCUGCAGCUGAUGGACAAACUUCAACACCAGAUCCUGAAGGACACAGAGCCUUUCAGGAGCAGCGUGGCUCUGCAGCCAGUCUCCUACCAGCUGGACAAAGAGGGAGAGCACUUUGGCCUCACCCUGGAUACUCAAGGCUUUUCUCCAGAAGAGCUGUCAGUCAGGCAGGUGGGCAGGAAGCUGAGAGUCAGUGGGAAGACAGAGAAGAAAGAAGAAAAUGGGAAAGGCUCCUACUCUUACAGACUGCAGGAGUUCAGACAGGAGUUUGAUCUGCCUGAAGGGGUGAAUCCUGAUAACGUCAACUGCUACCUUUCUCCAGAUGGCAAGCUCCACAUCCAGGCAGCUAAAGUUCCUUGUGUGGAGCCAGCUGAGAGAGAGCUGACUAUCAAGAGGAUCUCAGAGGAGGAAACACAGCAGAGUGUGUGUUCACCAGCAGAAGACAACCAAUCAGAGACAGACAACUGAUUAUAGAACAAACCUGCAAACAAGGACUGACAAACAUGUUGAUGAGCCAAUAGAAUGAUUAUUCAUUUCUUUAUUAACUUAUGGCCUUAUGGAGAUAAAUUGAUAUUUUGUACUUUAUUUUUAAAGAAUGAUAUAUGUAAAAUAAAUAAAAUGUAAAAAGUAAAUUGUUCUAGAAGUGUUUUAUUGAGUCUCCUUGCAGACCAGUUCUUCAGGUGCACAUGCUUUCUUGGUAAUACAAAGGGUUUGUU